CGGGCCCGCGGCUGGUCUUCUGGCAGCACACACAAUGUUCCCAGACUCCAACUGGCUCGUGUUGGGAUGUGAUUAUCCUCUCUUGCCACCUACAGCAUUACAGCAACUUGUUCUCGAGUACUCAUCACCUAUCACUUGUUUUCUGAACAAGGAUGGAUUUGCGGAGCCGUUGCUGGCAAUAUGGAGUCCAGAGGCGCUGCAGCAGCUGAAAGAGAAUGCUGCACAGGGAAUGAAUGGGAUGAGUAACGUGAUCAAGCAAGUUAAUGGGAAGAUGAUUCCACCUUUGCGCCAGGAGUGGAUCAUGGGUGCGAAGACCAAGGAAGAGUGGGAGGAGGCAAUGAAGAUUGUGGAAUCAAGGAAUCUACGUUAAAAUUCUCGUC